AUGCAUCUCCUACACAUAUGGUCUCAACAUCUGCCAGGUGUUCUAAACACUUCGUACACAUAUGGUCUAAGCAUCUACCAGGUGUUCUAUGCAUCUCCUACACAUAUGGUCUCAACAUCUACCAGGUGUUCUAUGCAUCUCCUACACAUAUGGUCUCAACAUUUGCCAGGUGUUCUAAACACUUCCUACACAUAUGGUCUAAGCAUCUACCACGUGUUCUAUGCAUCUCCUACACAUAUGGUCUCAACAUCUGCCAGGUGUUCUAUGCAUCUCCUACACAUAUGGUCUCAACAUCUGCCAGGUGUUCUAAACACUUCGUACACAUAUGGUCUAAGCAUCUACCAGGUGUUCUAUGCAUCUCCUACACAUAUGGUCUCAACAUCUACCAGGUGUUCUAAGCAUCUCCUACACAUAUGGUCUCAACAUCUACCAGGUGUUCUAAGCAUCUCCUACACAUAUGGUCUCAACAUCUACCAGGUGUUCUAA